GCCUCCGGAGAUGGUGGCCCCGCCUCCACGCCCUGGCUCCGCCCCUUGGCUCCGCCCCGACCGCGCUCCCAGUCUGCCCCGCCCAUAGUUGACCCACGUGAUCAGUUAUCCCGCCCACUAGCGUCACUCCUUCCCCUCCGCUGCGCUCACCAUGGCGGAGUACCGGAUCCGGCCGUACCGCGAGGAGGACUCCGAGGCCGUGCGCGAGGUCUUCGCCACCGGCAUGAGCGAGUACGCGCCCGCGCUGUGCCUGCACGUGCUGCGUCAGCCCUGGGCGCUGCUGGCGCUGGGCUGCACCUUCUGCCUGCUGCUCGCCAGCGCCCGCUCCCUGCUGCUGCCCGUCCUGGCCCUCACCCUGCUGCUGGCCCUGGCCCGGCACCUCCUGGGCUGCGCCUGGAGCGCCUACAUCGACCGCUGCCUCGGGGACGACCUGCGGGACAUCGGGACCGCCUACGCCGAGAGCGUCGGCGCCCGGUUUUGGGUGGCGGAGGCGGACGAGCGGGUGGUGGGCAUGGUGGGCGUGCGGCCGGCCGAGGACGGCGCCGUCGGGGAGCUGGUGCUGAAGAGGAUGUCGGUGCGGAAGGACUACCGCGGCCUGGGCAUCGCCACGGCGCUGGGCCGCACCGUGCUGGCCUUCGCGCGGCGGCAGCGCGGCUGCCGGGCCGUGGUGCUCAACACGCUGAUGCUGCAGCACGAGGCUCGCGCCCUCUACGAGCGCCUGGGCUUCCGCCGGCACCGCCGCUACGUCCUGCCCACCGCCUACGGCCGCCUGGCCAACUGCACCAUCACCACCUACCGCUACGACCUCUCCGGCGCGCCCUGAGCCCGCCGCAGCCCCAGGAGGGUGGGUGUCACCCCCCCCGGCACCGGUGCAGCCAGGCGUGAGCCCCGGGGGGGGCCGUGCCCAGAGCCCCGGCUGCGCCACGGGCCACUGCUCUCGACCGUGCCCACCGGACGUGGCGCUGGGUCUCCCCCCCGGGUCGUGCCUCGCCGCGGAGCCGCGCGGGCGUUGCUUCUCAGGGAGUGUGCUGCACGCUGGCGCGGGGGCGGCGCGGGGGGUAGGGACCCUCGUGCCACCCGUGGGGGGGGGUCUGUGGGGCGCAGAGGAGGAGGGGCCGGGGCGGCGGGAGGUGGAGGUGCCGCGCUGGUCCCCACCGAGCCCUGCCCGGGGGGUUCCCUCUGCCCUGCCUGGCCCGGACACCUCCGUGUCCCCUGGGGGAGACCCCCGGCCGUGCCCCCCCCCCCCCGCCAUCCGCCCCACGGUGCCUGCGGGUCGGGCACUGCCCCUGUCCGGGGGAGGGGGGGAGAAAUAAAGAACCAUCCGCAGCGCUGAGCUGGGUCGUUCUUCCCGCGCUGGCACGGGAUGAUGGGGGUCCCUGGCAGCACAAAGACCCCCCCCCACGCCAACCCCACGGGAAGGAUCCAGUGCGGGGCUGGGGGGGU